UGGCUGCUACCUCUUGAUGAUUGUUGUUAUUGCUACCUAAGCUUAUCUGGCAGAUGAGAUAUUCCAUGGAUAGCCUAAGGUGUGCACACUCGCCGACCUGCAAUAGUAGCACGCUAAAGAUAUAACAACAAAUAUCUUCGAAAUGUUUGUCUAAGCGGAUUUUAUUUAAGUACGAAUGGAACCAGAUACAGAAAGCAUGGUGAACUAUGGCGAGGUGGAACCUCCUUCAAACUCUUUCUCUGAAGCUAAAAUGAUGGAAGCCAGGGGGGGGACCAGCACAGACUCAACCCCCUCCCUCUGCCCCUCGGCUACAUCUGUCCCAGAGUGUGCCAUCUGCCUCCAGAGCUGCAUUCACCCUGUACGCCUCCCCUGCACCCACAUCUUCUGUUUCCUGUGUGUGAAGGGAGCCUCCUGGCACAGCAAGCGCUGCGCCCUCUGCAGACAGGAAGUGCCCGAGGACUUCCUAGAGCGUCCCACCCUGCUGUCGCCAGAGGAGCUGAAGGCAGUGGCUGGAGGGGGGAGAGGGGACCACGAUGCCUUGGGGGAGGCUGGCCAAGCCUGGUACUACGAGGGGAGGAACGGCUGGUGGCAGUACGACGAGCGCACCAGCCGUGAGUUGGAGGAAUCCUCGGCCAGGGGCAGAAAGAGCGUGGAGAUGCUGAUUUCCGGCUUCCUGUACGUGGCUGACCUGGAGAACAUGGUGCAGUAUCGGCGCAAUGAGCACGGACGGCGGCGACGCAUGAAGCGGGACGUGGUGAACAUUCCCAAGAAGGGCGUUGCCGGGCUCAGACUGGAGACCCUCCCGGCCGUGACAUCAGGGGGGGCUGCAGGGCGUACAGAGCGGGGGAGUUUGGUCGACGGAGCCGAUGUGACAGCGCGGUCACAGGCGUGGAGGAGCUCCGGCACUUUGGUUCCCCCUACAUAUGUCCGACCCCCAAUGGUUCUGGGGGGCAAUCAGGUCUUCGCUGCUUCUCUCUUGCGCCCCUCUCUGGAGGACUCACUCUCCCAGCUCCUCAUCAGCCAACCAGAAGGUGGCGAGGAGGAGGAAGUGGAGACUGCCUCUCACGCCAGCCACGUGCACGAAUCGGUAUCUUGUAGCAGCGAGGGUGAGGAGAUGGAGGGCCCGGGAAGGCAGAGGGGGAGAGUGGAGUUUGGGGGGCAGGAACUAAGACACGGACAGCCACAGCCACAGUGGAGGGAGAGCCAGCCUGACAGCCCCCCUCCUGAUGGCAGCUUCUCCAGCGUUAGUGCUCGCUCACACAGCCCUGAUGGUCAGUGUACGGUGACUGAGGUCUGACUGAAAUGAAACAACAGACAAUCCACCACACUAGAUCAUGGUCAGUCACUGUACUACAAUCAGCCUAGCAAAAAAGCCUCAAUGUAGAAAUAAGACAGUUAAGGGGGUGAUGGAGCCACCAUCAGUAACCUUGCUGCCUGCAAAGUAAUGUGUAGCACCUGCAGUUCACCAACCUCAAAAACCACUACCACCAACAGGUCUUUCAUCUAGCACGGCUAUGUCUCAGUCUUAAAUUUUAUGAAUAAUGUGUAGUGAGGUUUUUUCAUUUUAGUUUGACUGAUGACAAAAAGCACCUCUGCAUCUUCAGUAGUCAUGCAGUUUUUGCUGUAAGUUUGUGUUUUGAGGUGUCAAACGUCUGCUUGAAAAUGUGGCAGUGUUAGAGAUGCAGAAACUGAACGGGUAGAAAUUCAGAUCAGUUCUGUUUGCAGUAUAUUGCUGGAGGAUUCUACUGAAUUCAGAAAGUGACUUGAGUUGUUUUGCGUUUUGAAUGUUCAUAAGUCAUUGGAAUUAGUUGAAUGGAUAUGUCUUGUUGUGAUGACUAUCUUUAUGUCUUUAAAGCCAUUAAACUCCUUUUGUUUGUGUUUUAUUCCUCUGUGUUGAUUUUGUUACUUGAGGGAAUUUUAAGGUUAUGUAGCCUAUCUCUUAAGCAGAGUGUUGCAUUGGUUUGAUGUGAAUGCUGCACAGUGUGCCUGUAUUCGCAUUAGAGAGGACUAUAAGCAUACUUCCAAUGCAAAAGCAAAACUUACAUGAGAAAAAGCUCUCUCUAAUCUUCACAUGAAAAUAUAUUCUGUCAUCUGCCAUAAAAAAAAAUUGUUAUGUUUUUAUGAAUCUCUGAAGCUGUGUGGUCAUGUGGGUGGGUGUUUCCAUGGCCACCACCUGUGUGGCCCUUUCUCUGCUUGUGAUGUCACUUGGUCAGUCACAAGCGCAACAGAAGAAGCCGUCAAUAACACCAAAAGUUUCAGCAAAUACCAAAUCAGUCAAUAUGAAAUGAAAAAUGUCUGCUUUUCUUUUUACUUAUACUUUCUGGCUUGUUUAUUUGGAAACAUGAUAUAUGUGCCACUAUUAAACCAAUAAACCUGUUGUUAUUUUGUUGUU